AGAACUCUUUAGUUUUCUCGCUUAAAUGAAAAAUGUCAUUGAACGUCAAGACAGCCGGGUACCAGGCAGAUGCGGAGCCCUCCCGAAGCGGCCGCGUGGACACUCGCGUGAAGCCCCCACACGUCGCCAACAGCGCUGCUUCGUAUGUCAUCGAUCCAAAAGACGGGUCGACGCGCGUGUCGGCGCCGCCGGCUUUCCCUCCUCCUAAUGCGGACGUCCUUCACAGGCGACCAGCGGCACCCCGAUCGAGCGAUCCGCCGCAGGUGUCCCCCGAACCACCCGCCCCCCACCUGCAGACAAGCCCCUCUCCCCCACUGUGGGCACGCGUGCAGCGCGAGGUGGCUUCGUGGAAGCGCGGGACGGUCUCUAUUCACAACGUCGAUCCAUGGCUGCAGUUUAACGUAUACAUCCGCCGCGGAUUUCGUCAUCGUCUCCUGCGGAAACGGGAAGCGGUAGGCUCACUGUUUCUGUACCCGCACAACGAAAGCUUCAACAUUUUAACGCACCUGGCCGCUGCACUGCUGCUGCUCUCUCUCCUGCUGUGGCCUCCACGUGCUGCGCUGGGUGGGGAGGGAGGAGGCGGGGGCGCUGACGGCGUGCAGGGCCGGUAUGAAGGUGGUCGCCGUGGUGGUUCUCCGUGGACAUCGGGUGCUGAGGGCCAAUGGCUCACCGCGUGGAGUGCAUCCCUGUCGGACCGAAGCGACGGGGCACGUGCGAGCGGAAGGGGGAGCAGGGGAGCGGAGGUGCGUGUGCCACCGCCCCAGCAGGUUCCGACUUGGCUGCACAGCCUGCACGGGCUGCCCUCCUCUGCCGGCUCCUCAGAAUCCGCUUCAGCGAGCAACGCCCAGACAGGCGACGAAAGAGGCGGCGGUGCCUUCGAUGCUGCCGGAAGGGACGAAUACUGGGAAGGAAGGGAGGGCUACGGGUAUGUGCCGCCGGGCGGAGGGGCGUCUCCUCGCGACGAUCUGCGGUCUAACGGCGCGCCUCCGUCUGCUCCUCUUCCAUCGUCGUGGUCAGCGUUCUUCGUCUAUGUACUUCCCAUCUCGAUCUUUGCGUCGACGACGACGACGACGGCUUCCCCGGUGGCGGCCGAUUCGCCGCUGCCACUUCCCAUCAGCGUCGCCGCUCGCCUCGACCUCUCUUUCACUCCGCUAACGUGGUGUCUGCUCCUCACCUUUCUGCUCUCCUGUGUCUACCACACCUUCAUGCCCUGCUGCCACUCGCGCCGCGGCUAUCAGCAGCUGUUGCAGUGCGAUAUCAUGGGUGUGCUGCUGUCCAUCGUCGGCAGCGCGUACGCAUACUUUGCCUGCGGAAUGCCGUGUGCCUCGGAGAGGGCGAUGCUGUGGGCGGCCGUCGUCGUCGCGGUAUUCACGCUGGUGUGUCUCUACGUGGCGGUAGUGGCGCCGCUGUGGUCUUUUUGGAUAGGUGUGUGGUGUUGGUUGUGGGCUGCGGUGCAAGGGGUCAUCGCGUGGAGUCUGUGCGCUGUCGUGGAGCUGAUCACAGGUGCGCCUCUUCUUUUCCCUCCACCGUCUGCAUCGCGGUCCGUUGCCCAGCCGCCGCUGCAGCGUGCGCAACGCGUGUCAGAGCGGCGUCGUUGUCGCGGUGACGAUGCGCGACCGGGCCCGCGUGCUCGCGUGAAUGACAGGGCGCCAUCGUCCGCGGCGUACGACGCGUUGCUCUUCUGGCUCCAUCGGCAUCGUCAGGCAUGUACGUUGCAGUCCUGUCUCGCCUCACCCACUGCGGCGGGUCCUACCGAUGCGGGGCCCACUGACACCGAGGCGGUGCACGUCACCGCCAACCAACGCGCCCUCGUCAUGGGCGUCUACGUCCUUCUUCACCUCGGCUUCUAUCGCUGCCUUGUGUACCCCAAGAGCCAGCCCGCCUUCGGGGGCUUCACGCAGGGCGUGUACUACCAUAACCUGUCCUACCUCUGGCUUUUCAUCGGCGGCAUCGUGAACGUGGCUCGUUUCCCAGAGCGCGUCGUCUUCCACUGGACGCGCAGCGCAGCGAGGCACGCGCGUCGGCUGGCCGCCGAGGAAGCGGCGGCGUGGUGUGCGGAGGAGCUGACGCGCAACGUGGGCGACACCGCCGCCGCCGCAGCAGCAGCAUCACCGUCCGCAACAACAGCGCACUCGUCCGCAUCGUGGUGGCGCCGGUUUUGUUUUCCGAAGCUCAUGGCCACCUACGUGGUGUCCGCCUCCACGUUGGAUUAUAUCGGGAACAGUCACAAUCUGUGGCACAUCUGCACGGUGCUCAGCGCGUUCUCGAACCUGCUGGCGGUGUACUACGACUGCAUGGAGUACGACCUGGUGGUGUGCACCUGA